AUGGCGGCGGCCAGGUUCACCGCUGGCUCCGUGUUUCUGCGGCUCGUGUGGCUGGCGUUGUCUUUUUCACCCACUUCUGCUCAGCAUUACAGCAGCGACAGUGGAAUAUCCGUCCCGGAACACGGCUUUUGCCAGCCCAUUUCCAUUCCGCUGUGCACCGACAUCGCCUACAACCAGACCAUCAUGCCGAACCUCCUGGGCCACACGAACCAAGAGGACGCCGGACUCGAGGUGCACCAGUUUUACCCGCUGGUCAAAGUCCAGUGCUCCGCGGACCUGAAGUUCUUCCUGUGCUCCAUGUACGCUCCGGUCUGCACGGUCCUGGAGCAGGCCAUCCCCCCGUGUCGGUCGCUGUGCGAGCGGGCUCGACAGGGAUGCGAAGCCCUGAUGAACAAAUUCGGGUUCCAGUGGCCGGAGAGGCUCCGCUGCGAGGCUUUCCCGGUCCACGGGGCCGGCGAGAUCUGCGUGGGCCAGAACACGUCCGAGAGCGGGAGCCCGACCUCUUCGUCGUCCCCCUACGUGCCCGAACCGAUGACCCUUCCGCCCAUGGUCCACCCGAACCAGCGGCCGCCCCAGCACAGCCCCUACCACCAGUUCUCCUGCCCGCUGCAGCUGGAGGUGCCCACCUACCUGGGCUACAGAUUCAUGGGGGUCAAGGACUGCGGGGCCCCCUGCGAGCCCACCAAGCCCAGCGGGAUCAUGUACUUCCGCGAGGACGAGGUCAAAUUCGGCCGGCUGUGGGUCGGGAUCUGGUCCAUUCUCUGCUGCGUGAGCACCUUAUUCACGGUGCUCACUUAUCUGGUGGACAUGAGGCGGUUCCGGUACCCAGAGAGGCCCAUCAUCUUCCUGUCCGGCUGCUACUUCAUGGUGGCCGUGGCCUACGCGGCCGGCUUUUUCCUGGAGGACAAAGUGGUGUGCGUGGAUAAAUUCAAGGUGGACGGUUACCGGACCGUGGCCCAGGGGACCAAGAAGGAGGGCUGCACCAUCCUCUUCAUGGUGCUGUACUUUUUCGGAAUGGCCAGCUCCAUCUGGUGGGUGAUUCUGUCCCUGACGUGGUUCCUCUCCGCCGGGAUGAAAUGGGGUCACGAGGCGAUCGAGGCCAACUCGCAGUACUUCCACCUGGCCGCGUGGGCCGUCCCGGCCAUCAAGACCAUCACCAUCCUGGCCAUGGGCCAGGUGGACGGGGACGUGCUGACCGGCGUGUGCUUCGUGGGGAUCUUCAACGUGGACGCGCUGCGCGGCUUCGUGCUGGCCCCGCUCUUCGUCUACCUCUUCAUCGGCACCUCCUUCCUGCUGGCCGGCUUCGUGUCGCUGUUCCGGAUCCGCACCAUCAUGAAGCACGACGGCACCAAGACGGAGAAGCUGGAGAAGCUGAUGGUGCGCAUCGGCGUGUUCAGCGUGCUCUACACGGUCCCGGCCACCAUCGUGAUCGCCUGCUACUUCUACGAGCAGGCCUUCCGGGAGCACUGGGAGCGCACCUGGCACAUGCAGACGUGCAAGCGCUUCGCCGUGCCCUGCCCGGCCCACAACUUCGCCCCCAUGACGCCGGACUUCACCGUGUUCAUGAUCAAGUACCUGAUGACCAUGAUCGUGGGCAUCACCUCCGGCUUCUGGGUCUGGUCCGGGAAGACUCUGCAGUCGUGGCGGAGGUUUUACAAACGCCUGAGCAACGGGAACCACGGGGAGACGACGGUGUGA